AUGUCUGGAUUGCAGAGACGCAGAGUGAAUAACCCAAACAGCGAGCAUGACAACCACCUUAAUCACAACGGAAAUUCGUCUACUUCGAAGCGCAGCUCAUCCUCGCUGCCGUCGUCCUCCUCACCUCGAUUAGCAGGUGCAGCUGGAGCUGUAAUCGCAAAUAGCGAGCGAGCACACAAGGGCAUUGCAUACGACCCCCGCGAUUUGCAAGUAGAGGCGGAGCAGAGCCAGCAUCCAAAGUUGACGCUAAUGGAAGAAGUCCUCCUCCUAGGUUUGAAGGAUAGGCAGGGUUACCUCAGCUUCUGGAAUGACAACAUAUCAUAUGCCCUCCGCGGCUGCAUUCUCAUUGAGCUCGCGCUGCGCAAGCGUAUCGCUAUGACACGCGAUCCCAACAGGCGAAGAUACGAUCUCGCAGAUAGGCUGGUGGAGGUGACGAGCGACAAGCUCACGGGCGAGGUUCUUCUCGACGAGACACUCAAGCUGAUCAAAACGAGCGAGAAGCUGAGCGUUGGAAGCUGGAUUGAUCUCCUCAGUGGCGAGACUUGGAACGUCAUGAAAAUAGGCUACCAGCUUAAGCAGGUGAGGGAGAGACUUGCAAAAGGUCUCGUAGACAAAGGAGUUCUACGCACAGAGAAGAAGAACUUUCUGCUGUUCGACAUGGCCACUCAUCCCAUCGUCGACACCGUCUCUAAACGCAAUGUCAUUGAGCGGGUGCUCGCGUUGGCCACCCCUAACACUGUAGCAUUGGAUAUGAACAGGUUGCACAAAAAUCCAAACAUCAAAGCGCGAGUGACGCGAUCUGUAGCUCUGCUACUGUCUGGAUACGCUGCUUCAGUCCUCGAGAACGGAUUCGCCAGUCUCAAUUAUGAUGCAAGAGAGGAAGCCUUUAUGAGGACGGACGAGCUACUGAACGAGUUCGGCGUUUGGCCCUGGGGCGUUGUCGGUAAGACGCAGGGCGCUGCUGCCGACGGUGCUACUGGUAUCGGUUCGGCUUCUUUGGAUACUUCUGAUCAACUCGAGUCACCUGCCUCGGCGGCUAUGUCGCAUGCCUCUGUCGCCCAGAUCGCCAAUCUUGUAAAGAACGCCAAGGACGAAAUUGGCGACGAUGAAUUGGAAUUUGAAGUCGUUGCUACUGUAUUCUCAGUUUUCGGUAAAAUGGACUCGUUACUCUAG